UUGUCACUUGUCAGUUCUAGGUCAAUUGAAUCUGAGCUCCAGUGCUUAGCAAAGAUCAGUGUUACGUAUAAGGUAAUUUUACAUAAUGGCAUCUUUGAAGUUAAAUAUCGUAACCAGGAGCUUAAGCUCAUCUGCAGUCGCGUCUCAAAUGGUUAAACCACCCGUACAAGUAUAUGGAAUUGAGGGUAGAUACGCAACUGCCUUGUACUCAGGAGCCAGUAAGAAUAAAGUACUCGACGCCGUCGAGAAAGAUUUGGUCAAAAUACAGAAUAACUUAAAGACCGAUGUAAAAUUCCGCGAUUUCAUUGCCAAUCCAACAUUCAAGCGCUCAAUUAAAUCAAAUGCAUUGAAGGAAGCCAGCAGCAAGCUGCAAAUGGCUCCAGCUACUUCUAACUUGUUGGAGUUACUUGCUGAGAAUGGACGUUUAAAUAAACUGGAAGGUGUUAUCAACGCUUAUAAAGUUAUGAUGUCUGCUCAUCGUGGAGAGGUUCCAUGUGAAGUUACAACAGCUAAACCUUUAGAUGAGAAUCAACGAAAACAACUUGAAAGCACUUUAAGAGGAUUCUUAAAACCCAAAGAAAACUUAUUACUAACCCUUAAAGUUAAUCCCUCAAUCUUGGGUGGAAUGGUCGUAUCAAUUGGAGAUCGUUAUGUUGAUAUGAGUGUUGCCAGUAAAGUAAAGCUGUACACUGAAAUUAUUUCAACACCUGUUUAAAAUAAACUUUGUCAAAAAUAGAAGAAAAUGAAAUGUUCAUGUUGUAUGCAAUUUUAACUAACAUCUGUAUAUUAUUUAUAUAGUCAAUAAAUAAUUGAUUGUACAUUA